CGCCAUCUUGUUUUCUUCAGCAGACAGUGCGACGCCUAGCGCUUCAGUAUAAUAGAAAUUUUCAGACAGCUGGACGCCUGCAAAGUUAAGAGGAAGAGCGGACAGAAAAUUGUUGUGUAUUUUUGGUGCAAAUGUGUUAAAAAGUUAAAGAAGAUAUUAAAAAUGAAUUCGAAUGUGCAGAAUAGUGAUGAACAGCAACUGGAUUACAAUAUGCAGUUAAUGAACAAUGAAUUGUGUUUGUUAAUUGAUGCGACAGACCCAAUGGCGGCGUCUCGGAAUUCAGAAUGUGCCAAUGGCGCCAGCCUAAACGUUUUAAAAGUAUUGAAUAAGAAAUUUGACGAUCUAAUGCUCGAUGAAGAUGCACCGCAAUUUGAGUUCCAUGGCUACGGUUGCACUCAGACAAAAGAUGUAUUGAAAAGGCGCGAACACAAAGCCGGCGGCAGCAGCGCUAAAAAUAAAUCUAAGCCAAACAACAACACAGAAACGGUUUUGGUUUCCCACCAAAAGCAAAUGCAGCUGCAAAAAGAAAAUCUUUAUAAUCAGAAUGAAUGCAACAUUGAGAAGCGUAAGCAUAUUGAAAAAAGUAAUGAAGACAGUUUGGUAAUCGGUUUGAUGUCACUGUUCAAGUCGCUGCAUUAUCUCAUUUGGUCCGAUUUUCCAAGUCAUCAGUUGAACUCGGUGCCAUCGUGUUUCAUGUUUGAUACACCCAUGAAAUGCACCCUACCCAAGGGAUUCAAUGUGCGCCAUCAUGUGCAGGUGCUAUGCACCAAACUGGAACGCUUCCUAGAACGCCUACAACGCGCACUGGAGACCAAUCGGAACUUGGACCUCAACAAGUACACAGAUUGCAAUGCACAUCUUGGUGAAGCCUUCCAUGGCCUCAGAGCUUUACAGCAAUUCACCACCGUCGAACUCCGCCAACGUUCUUGGCAGUUCAUCAACGACGCUGGAAUUCGUAAUGGCAGAGAACUGCAGAUGCUAUUGUCGGCUUUGGUGAAUCGUUUGAAAACCGCUCAUAUUUAUGUGCACACUUUUAACUGGGAAAUGGAUUUGGAGCAUCGAUACUCUGCAGCAAUGACAGCUCGCCAUUCGGCGACCAUUAGUAAAUCUCUUUCAAUAGCUAACAAUGAGUAUGAAGCUGCUAAGCCUCUUCAGCUUAGCCGCGAAGAAUGCUUCAUUGCCGAGCGCUAUCAGCUUUAUCAUGGCAUUAUGGCAUUUAAGAAGCACAAAGAAUUUUUGACCGCUUUAGUACACAAUCCAGAAAAUUACUUUCCACCGGAAAUUAUUGCCUUGUGCGAACCUCGAAAGCAUCUCGACCCGGAUUUUGGAGAGCAGAUCGAAGCAACAGGCAGCUACGAGAAUUUGGUCUUUGCUGCUGACAUCCUUGAACUACCUCCAUCUUCACCACCAAGAAUAACUCGUCGUCGGCAUGCUCCAUAUCAAAAUAGAGGAUCUUAAGAAGUAUAUUUCAAAGAAUGUCCACAGAAAUAUGUUUUAUAGAAAUAA